UCAGUACGCGACCGCGGUGGUGAGUCCACGUCCUGUCGCCCCAAACUCGCAAAUAAUUACGAUAAAAAGAACUAGUAACAAUACUAUGCAAUGUGAUUCAGAUAUUUUUGCAGCUUCAUCAUUGAAUCAAAGAUGAAAGCGUGGUCAGCCCACGAGCAAGAUACGACGCUGUCUUGCUGCAGAACUUUGCACGUGAAGCACGCAGCCUACGCGAGUGCCCUGUACACAUUAAAUAUAUCAAUCCUGGUGGUGCUUUUAUACAGUUGGAGGAUUGGUGUUAACGCCAAACGAUACAAAGAACUUGACGAUGUCUAUUACGGUGUUCAGAUAGCGUAUUUUGCAAUCAUUGGAACACAAAUGUUUAUGAUUGUGCUCAGCAUAUUCCUAUUUUACGGAAUUUAUAAAGAAAACGUCGCCUUUCUCGUUCCAUGGGUAGUGGGCUGCAUGACCUUCAUGGCUUUGGAGGCGAUGGCAAUGGUGUACUCUAACAUACUACGGGAUCACGUCAAUAAACAAUUCGACGCGAUGUGCAAAGCGGAAAUAUCAUUCUUAAUACCGAGAAUUCUUCUGAAUUGUCUAUGUAUAUGGUGCGUGUUGCGAUUAUAUCAUCUCCUAAGAGCCGGUAUCACGUGGAAAGGUUCCGCGGCUAUCGAGCUGUGACUAAUGCGUCAACCAGACGUCCGAAUAGACUCGCCUAGCCGCCCCCUUCCCUGUGAAACAAGUCUCCUUCUCGGCGGGGCGGAAAGCGACACUGACGCGAGUUUGCACUCACUAUGACACAAAUGAGUUCUUACAGUUAGUGUGAAUUUUGCUCGUAAUUAUGUGUUAUAUCCGGACUUCUGAUAUUGACAAAUUAAAUCGUACAAAUGAUUGUUAUACUAUAUUUAUGCAAUAUUCGAAUGAAUAUAAUUACUAAUUUAAAUACAAAUAUCCCGUUAAUAUAAAUUUCUAUAAAAAAGUGUAUUGUUCUAUUUUAUAAUAAAACAUAUAUUUUAUUUUAAAUGAUUUAAUUAUAUUAAAAAAUACAUAAUUUUAUUUAAGAUAAAUUGUAAUAUAUCAAAAUGUAAAUAUGGUACAUAGCAGAAAAAUGUUCAAAUGAAUAACUGUAGUAAAAUUUUAAAGCGAAUCAAAAUAUCACAAGGACGUAAAGUGAGUCAGUACAUGAUACUGAUAUGAUGCUUGUUAUUUAUAUUAUAUGUAAAUACAAAGUUAGUUGAAGUUAUAUUUGUGUAUAUAAAUUAGACUAUAGUAUCGUGACAUGACAAUGUAAUAUUGUAAACUUCAGCUUUAUUUUGUUAUGA